GAACAUGUGUUCACUCACGUAGUCGGCGGAGACGACCAGAGACGACUCACCUGACACGACCGUCUGUCAAGGGAGCGAUACUCGUUGGCGUGGCUCUCCCGAUUCGGGAUUUCCUCCCCCUUUUUUUUAAACGUUCACCCUCUGGAAAUUAAGUAGCGAGUAUUAUGGCGAUUUGCGGCGAAUACAUCCGCAGCCAGUUCCCGACGAUAGACGACGACCUGUAUCAAUACGUGCAAGGUAUCCUGGACAGCUCCAAGGAUGACUUCGAGGACGGCGACGAGGUGUACGAGGCGAUUGGGCAGGUUUUGCAUGAGGUCGAGGACAAAUCAGAAAACGAGGUUAGGCAAAUAUGCGUGAGGCUAUUAGAAAUAUUGAAAGGUAAUUCAAACAAUGAUGAUGACAUAGAUAGGAGAAAAAACGGUGUUAACAAAGUAUUAAAUGCUCCGGUGCACUUGGGUUCGUUGGCUGCUACCUUAGAGGCGCAAGUCGAGCAGAUUAAGAGUAUAUGGGUUACAACUAGGGACGAUGUAAUGAAAGUAGAUGCUAAGAAGCUGGAGAAAGCCGAGGCCAAGUUGCAACAGAAACAGGAAAAACGAAUCGUAAAUGAACAAGGAUCGGCUUCCCGUAUUAACACUGCCAAUAAUGCGGCUGAAAGCGCCGCCAGUGCCAGUCAAAUGACAAGUAAGAAAGAUAGUCGGAUGGAGACAAAAGGUGGGGUGAACAAAACCCAGGAUAUCAGAAUAGAGAACUUCGAUGUCGCUUAUGGCGAUAGAGUCUUGUUGCAAGCUGCUGACUUGACGCUUGCAUUUGGCAGACGAUACGGUCUGAUUGGUAGAAACGGACUUGGCAAAACUACUUUGCUUCGAAUGAUAUCAAGCAAGCAGCUGAGAAUACCAUCGCACGUGCGAGUGUUGCACGUCGAACAGGAAGUAGCCGGCGACGACACGUCCGCGCUCGAGUCCGUUCUGGAAUGCGAUUACGAACGGAGCACGUUACUCAGUCAAGAGGCAAAACUGCAAGCAGCGAUAGAAAAGGACGGUUCCAAGACGGGCGAUGCGUUAGGUGAGGAAUUGGCCCGGGUAUAUGAGGCGAUGCAGUUAGCUGAAGUCGACAAGGCGCCUGCUAGAGCAAGUGCGAUCCUAUCAGGACUUGGAUUUUCCGUUGAAAAGCAGUCCUGGCCGACCAAAGCAUUUUCUGGUGGUUGGCGGAUGAGACUCGCUCUCGCGAGGGCACUAUUCUCUAAGCCAGAUCUGUUGCUACUUGACGAACCGACGAACAUGCUUGAUAUCAAAGCAAUAUUAUGGUUAGAAAAGUAUCUGCAAACGUGGCCGAAAACGUUACUUGUGGUGUCGCACGACCGAAAAUUUUUAGAUACUGUACCCACCGAUAUCCUGUAUUUGCGUGGACAAAAAAUAGAGCCAUAUCGUGGCAAUUAUGAGCAAUUUGUGAAAACGAAAGGCGAACGCGAGAGAAAUCAACAACGAGAGUAUGAGGCUCAACAAGCGAAGAGAGCGCAUGUACAAGAAUUUAUCGAUAGAUUUAGAUACAAUGCGAAUCGCGCGUCUAGUGUACAAAGCAAGAUAAAAAUGCUAGAGAAAUUACCUGAAUUAAAGCCAAUGGAGAAGGAGAGCGAAGUGACCCUCAAUUUCCCCGACGUCGAACCGCUAAGUCCGCCGAUAUUGCAACUCAAUGAAGUCUCAUACAGUUACAACGGGACCGACAUGGUGUUUAGCAAUGUGAAUCUUACUGCCAGUUUGCAAUCGCGCAUUUGUAUCGUUGGAGAGAAUGGUGCUGGUAAAACUACUCUCUUGAAAAUUAUCACAGGCGCGUUGAGCCCGUCGCGAGGUACGGUGCAUGUACAUCGAAAUCUGAAAUUUGGAUAUUUCAGUCAGCACCACGUCGAUCAACUGGACAUGCGUGUUUGUCCUGUUGAAUUGCUACAAACACAUUUUCCCGGUAAACCAAUUGAGGAAUAUAGGCGAAUGCUUGGAAGUUUCGGUAUAAGCGGUAAUUUAGCUUUACAAGUUAUAAAUUCUCUUUCGGGAGGGCAGAAGUCGAGAGUAGCGUUUGCCUUGAUGUGUGCCGCAAUGCCGAAUUUCCUAGUACUUGAUGAACCUACGAAUCAUCUCGAUAUCGAAUCAAUCGAAGCGUUAGGUAAAGCUCUCAACAACUGCCAAGCUGGUGUGAUAUUGGUGUCGCACGACGAACGUUUAAUUCAAAUGGUUUGUACAGAAUUGUGGGUUUGCGGAGAAGGAUCAGUUCGCUGUAUCGAAGAAGGUUUUGACGAAUAUCGCAGGAUUAUUGAAAAGGAGCUUGAAUUAUAAAAAAAGUUAAAUUUUGUCUAAUGUGAUAUUAAUAUCAUCUUAUGUUGUUCCAUGGGUUUCUUUCACCAAUCUCGGUUAAGUUAACCGAUGGUUACAUGGAUUCAUUUAGAAUAAAUUUCACAACUAUUCUCAUUAUUACUCAUUAUUACUUAAAAUAAAUUAAACCUCAAUUAAAAGUUUACUAUGAGUUGUGAAACUGGGCCUAAAUGAGCCCCACGUAACUGUCGGUUAACUUAACCAAGAUUGGUGGACAAAGAUAUACACACAACACACAAGUAAUGCAUUAUAUGACGAAAGUUUUGAAGGAGUCCCCUUUAAUUAACUAAAAUUGUAUCACGCGGCUAUUAUUUACUUUCUUUCGAGACAUUUCGCCAAAGGUAUCUUAUUUAUUUUUUUAAAUACUUUUUCCCCGAAACAAAUAUAGACAAUUAUGCACACGAUUAUUUAUUAAUUUACGCAUCUCUUUUUUUUUUGAUAACUACAAAAUGUUACUCUCAAACAAGAAUUUGUCAUUACAAACAUAUUUGUAUU